UUCUUCUUCUUCUUCGUAAAAUCAAGCAAUGGCUGGUGUUGUUGGAAGGCUUGAAGCAGAAAUUGAGGUGAAAUCAAAUGCAGACAAGUUCUGGAAUGCUAUCAGGGAUUUUGCAACCAUACUCCCUAAGGUCUCACCAUCUGUUUACAAAAGCAUUCACAUUAUUCAGGGUGAUGCCAAGGUGCCUGGCUCCAUCAUCAAAUAUACUUUAGACAUGGGCAAUGAAGUUGUGACAGUCACAGAAAGUAUUGAAGAUGUUGAUGAUGGAAAGAGGACAUUAAUUUAUAGUGUGAUUGAUGGUGACCUCCUUAAGUACUUUAAGAGUAAUUACAAGGGAUACAUUAAUGUAACACCAAAGGGGGACGAUAAUGGAAGCAUUGUGAAAUGGUCCUCUGAAUAUGAAAAGGUUAGCCAAGAAGUUCCUGAACCUAUUUUCAUCAAAGAAUUUGCAACCAAGAUGUUCCCAAAGAUUGAUGAUUAUCUUCUAACUAUGGCUGCUAGCGUUGGAAAGCUUGAGGCAGAAACUGAGGUAAAGUCCAAUGCAGACAAGUUCUGGGGUGCUAUUAGGGAUUUUGUAACCAUAUUCCCUAAGGCCUCACCAACUGAUUACAAAAGCAUUCAAAUUCUUGAGGGUGAUGGCAAGGUUGUUGGUUCUGUCUACAGAACAAUUUCAGGAGAUCAAGGAAAUGAAGCUGUGAAGACGGUGACAGAGAAGAUUGAAAGUGUUGAUGAUGCAAAGAGGACGAUAAUUUAUAGUGUGAUUGAUGGGGAUCUUCUCAAGUACUAUAAGCGUUACAAGGGAUAUGUGAAUGUAACACCAAAGGGAGAUGAUAAUGGAAGCUUGGUGAAAUGGUGCUGUGAGUAUGAAAAGGCUAGUCAAGACGUUCCUGAACCUAAUUUCAUGGGAGAAGCUGCAAUCAACACCUUCCUAAAAGUUGAUCACUACAUUCUAAACGCAUAAUCCUUUGAAGGCCUUCUAGUUCUAUGCAUUAUAGUAAUUGGGUUAUACAUUAAUGAUGAAUGAUUAAUGAAAUAAAAUAGAAAAGAGUUUGAAAUAUAAACAAUGGAUUCUAAAAGGUA